AACAGUUUGUGUGCUAUAGAAUAACUGCAAACAACUAAUAAUAUUAUGGCUGACUUAAAAUUUUUUGUCAUAUUAGUUAUGGUGUUGGUUGCUAAGGAAGGUGUUUUUUCGUGUUCUUUGAGAAGUCAUAAACAUGGUUCAUCUCAUCCAUGUUUGCCCUUAACGUCUGAUUCUACAUCAGACUCACAGCUCACACCCGUUUUGAAUACAAUAUCUUCUCCUGAUUCUUCGUCUAGCCCGAGUACUAGUUUAUCGAGUGUUCAUGGAAAUGGUUCAGCCAUAUCUUCUAUACCAACCAUUUCUCCAGACAUGUCUUCACAGGGAUCAAUACCAUUUAUACCACCCACGGCAUCUGUACCUACUGAUAACAUGGACAUUUUAAAUUCUCUAAUUCAACUUUUGUCGUCUCCAGCAUUUUCUACAUUACAUGCAAGUAAAACACAAACUCCUGAUAAAUCAGUCUUGCCCUCUAUAUCUACAUCAAAUGCCUUACAACCAUCUGCUUCCACUUCAAUGCCACAUUCAACAUCAUUACCAUGUGCCUCAGGCUCCACCUCAAGUUCUUCUUCAAGUAUUUUACCUGCAGGUCCAUCAUAUGGUUCGAUACCUUCAAUUUUGAAUACCAUUCAGAUUCCAAAGUUGCCACAUUCAGUAUCAACACCGUCUUCUGGUACUAAUACUGACCUCAAAAAUACUUUGAUCAAGAUUUCAUCAUUAGUUCCAUCGGCUCCAUAUUUAUCUACUUCUAAACCGACGCCUUUAUCACCACCAUGCUCUCUAUUUACGCCAGCGUUAAACAAAAAUGUAGUUCCAGGUAAAAAACCAUGUGCUAUAUUAUCUCACCCCGUCGGGGCUUCGUUAAGUGUAUUACCAGGUGUACUGCGUGGUUCACCCUCGUCAUCAAACCAUUCAGUUCAAAUACUAGUUUCUGAGAAACUUCCAGCACCAGUUCCAGAACAUGUACCAGAAAUAGCACCCGAAGAAUUUCCAGCACCAAGUAAUGUACCAGUUUCAAUACCAAUAGUAACUUCAACGUCUACUCCAACUUCAUUUUCUAAUAUUAAUCCAGCCUUAAUAGAUCUUUUACGUAAAUUAUUUGUGGCCUCUCAGGCAAAAACUGGAUUGUCUUUUCCUCCAAUACCAACUAAAACACAUGCCAUACCCACAUUUAAUGCAGCCCCUGUAUCGGCUCCAGAUAUAAAGCCACAUACCAUAUCACCUGCUUGUGGAACAUCGUCUGAAUCGUCAAGUUCUUGUUCAUCGAGUAUACUACACAACCAGUCGAAUGGUUCGAUUUCUCGUCUUCAACAAAUACUGAUGUCUAUGACACCUCCCCCUGUUUCAAGCGUAUCUUUUGGUUAUAAUCCAGAAUUUAUGAAACUAUUGAUUAAAAAUUUGUUAUUUAAUCAAACCUCUUCAUUACCUCCAUCAUCGUCAUUAUAUUCACUUCUUCGGGCUAAAUUAAAUACCACCCCAAUAGCUCCUUUUGCUCCGAAUCCAAUACCAGCGUCUACUACUUAUAGACCAUUAUCCGAGUUAAACCCUAAUGUAUUCAAUGUAUCGUCAAAUAAUAUAUUUGAUUCAGCUCCUGCAGGUUCCGACACCAAUCAAAAUACAUCCAUUAGUAAUGAUCAAUAUCUCACCAGUAUCUUAAUCAAUAUUUUAACCUCAUCCAAUGCUUCGAAAACUUCUCUCCUUCCAUGUUUACCUUCAACAAACUCAGAUUCCAUUUCUUCAUUAAAUACUACUCCAGUAUCGUAUGUUCCUUGUAUCCCGCCGCUUAGCUCAUUGCCAGAUAUUUUAAAUAAAUUUCCUAACCUCACGCCCAGCACAAAUCCAUCUUUUCCCGGUCUAAUCCCAAGUCCAAUUAUUCCAUCGUUGCCAAAUAUUAAACCAUUUCCGGAAAGAUUACAAAAUUUAAAUCCUGUACCAACUUUAACACCUACCUCGUAUCCUUUAUUACCGAAAUCGGAUAUUAACCUAUGCCGAUCAAAACACAAAGGAUCACUACAAUUGUCUAGUUCGACAUCAACUGCUGUUGACCCGUGCCUUCAGAAUGCUAUACGACCGCAUACUCUACAUUUGCCAUUACCAUGCUCAUUAUCUCAUACUAAAUUAAGUUCUGGAUGUAAACAUGUAUUACCCGCCAUCUAAUUAUAUUUAAUUAUAUUUGGUAUAAAUAUUAAAGAUCAACGACUGUUAUAAAAAUUUAAAAAAGUUAUUAUAGGAAU